CCGCACGGUGGGCAUGCAGCUAACUGAAAGGGCGCCACCACGCGACAGUAACAUGUUUACAGUUAAUUUGCAUUUGAUUUGCAUGACAUGCAUGAAGCUGCGGAAGUUUGGGCGGUGCACUUUUCUGGUAGGAGUGUGAAUCACAACAGAUCCAGCAUGAAUACCAGGCCGUCGUUCCUCGCCUUGGUCCUUCCCAUGAUCCUCUUGCAGAUGACCUCCGUGACCUGGGGUCAAGCCGUAAGUAGUGAUAGAAGGCGAAAAAGACACGGUGACGAGACAGGAGAUCAAACGGUCGGGUUGAUGGGAUGUGGUCGUACCAAAGGCUGCUUCAGACAGCCGAUGGAGUGUAUGGGUGAUAACUGCAUGGCCUACGUGACUUGGGAGACUCUGGGAGACGGACAAAGUCGCUUCUCCUUGAGGGCCCAGGCUGCAGGUUGGGUGGCCUUUGGGCUGAGGCCUGAAGGUUCCACCGACAAUGGAAUGGUACCAGCUGAUGUGUAUGCGUGCACCAAUAAAGGCGAACUCCGACGGUCCAAAAAUGGUCCUGGUUUCGACUCCUUUCCCAACCCACUGCCACAGAAUGCAUUAGAUGCAGUGACCACAGAAUCUGCAGAGUUUUCAAAUGGCGUGAUCAGGUGUACAUUUACCAGGCAGCCAAGUUUAGACGGGGACGAUUCCUUCUACAACAUCAGUGGCAACAAUCAAUACUUUAUCUUGAUGGCUUUUGGGAGCAGUAUCAGACCCGAUGGAGAUAUCCAAGGUAAUCAGCAUCAGAAUCGUUGGUCGACAGCAGAUACACGGAGUUUGCAAUUUGAUUUCUCUCCACCCAUGUCAAGUGGAGAAGCAUUGCCAAAGGCCCAUGCCUCUCUGAUGGUGAUUGCAUGGGUUGGAUUUGCCAGCAUUGGUAUCACCAUGGCUCGAUUCUUCAAACCCAUGUGGCCAAACUCCAAACUCUGUGGUACAAAAGUCUGGUUCACGAUCCAUCGGAUGUGCAUGGUGACCUGUGUGCUGUGUUUCUCGGCGGCAUUUGUUCUGAUCUUUGUUCACCGUCAGGGAUUUGUCGACACAGGGAGAACCAUCGUGGUCGCCCAUGCUAUAUGUGGUAUCAUAGUGACGUGCCUGGGGAUCAUCAACCCAAUCAUGGCUAUCUUCAGACCUCACCCAGGAACGCCCAACCGACCCAUCUUUAACUGGGCACAUUGGGGCGUCGGUACCACAGCACACCUGUUGGGAUUGGUGACUGUCUUCCUUGGCAUUGGUUAUAACUCCACCGGUCUGCUGAGGGGCAUCCCAGACUACGUCUUCUUUGUCAUGAUCGUCUUCAUCGGCUUCCAUAUCUUGAUCUGGAUCCUGUUUGAAGUCCAGCGCUGUAUGACAGAGAGCCAAGGACGCAGCAAUGACGUGGCAUUGAAGGCAACGGGUGAUUCCACCGAUCACUUGUCUCCUGACGUUGACUCGGACCCGCCAUCUGAUGACUUGGUGCCGGAGGGUCCCUGUAUAUCGCAAGUAACAGAAGAGGGAUCUACAGCCAAGACCAUUCUGUUGUGUAUCUACGUUGUAGGCGUCAUUAUUGCCGUUGCAUUUCUUGUCAUCAGUAUUGCCAUAGCAGGGUAAAUUGUCAAGUGGAAGACCACAACAUGAAAAAUGAAAUUCUGAAGACUGAUUCUUACUUAGAAAAUUGGACAUCAUGAAAGAUUCUCAAGUGAAAUUUGCCAAAAGUAAAAUGCAAUUUUGAAGUUGUGGUUGAUUGGUCAAAAAAGCGUGUUGAACCUUUGCAAAUUUGACUUGGGAAUACUUAAGUGGCUUGCAUUUUUAUAUUUUGUAAGCACCCUUACAGAUGUAACCAAACAAGAUUCUUAUUCUUACAAAAUCAAACAACCAUCAGUUUCUAAAGAUUGUCAACAUGUUAAAUCUGUGCAUACAAUGUUUUAAUUGGGGUAUAUGAUUUAUCAACUGGCUGAACUCAUUGUUUUAUCCCCUUUCAACCCCAGCCCUUUCUUACAUUGUGGGGAGUGUAAUUACAUUGUUUAUGUAUAUUGUGGGAUGUUUUUGUUUUGUUUUGUUUGAGCCAUUAAUGAGGUAUUACCAUGCUCGCAUGCCGGUCGUUCAUGUGCACUUAAUGCUUCUUCACCUCACAGGGUUUAAAGGCAUAUAAGAUCAUUAUUCAUUUAUCCCAAAAGUAACCUGCCAAAUUAUUAUCAAAAAGCUUACUUGGAUUAAAGAUCGUACUAGUACUAAACACCACGUGAAAUUAUUCCGUCUGACUAGCUGUCAUUUCGAAGAAAUCAAGAAAUGUAGGUGAUUUCCAGCAAUCAGCCAAUUGACUGAUUUUGGGAAAUGUAGAGUGCUAUGGAUGAAAUCGUGUUUCGUCAUCAAAAGGUUGUGCAUUGCUAUUCACUGUUUUCUUGACAAGUGUGAUAUCCACUGAGCUGAAACUUCAGGUUACGUUUUGAACAUUCUCCUGUGGAUUUUGAGUGGUGUUAUUGUUGGAAACGAACAAAAUGCAUGAAAAGCAAAUGAUCCUAUUAUGCCUUUAAAUGAAGAACACAUUAGACAACCGUGUGAGCGUGGCACUACCUCAGAAAUAGUUAUCAUUAAACUCUGUUAUCAUUAUGUUUUGAAUUGUCUUGAAUUUUAAUUUAAAUUCUUAUAAGAGAUGUAGUGAUUCAUUUGUACAGAUAAACGGAUCUCAGUUGUAUAUAUUUAGAAUUGGUUUGUCUCAAAGGGUGAAAAAAUUAGUGAUAAUCUGAACAUUUGCAAAUUAUGCAAAUUUGAUUUUUGCAUGUCUGAAAUGAGGGUUUUUGAUUUGUAAUAGUAUGGUUUACAUAUUUGGAUGGAUGUUAAUUUUUGCAACAUCUAGUUAGUUUUUUGUAUGUACCGGUAAUCUUGUUUGGUAACACUCCCCCCUCCAAAAAAAAAAAUGAAAACACAAAAGUAUGACAAGUUUUAGUUUGUUAUGCACGUUUCACUUAUUCCACGAUGCACUAAUGUUAUGCUGAAUAAUAGAACCUGAGAGGACAGAUAUCUCUUUAGGGUAUAUUUCUCAGCUUAGAGAUUUCUCAGCUUAGAUACAUAUAAAUAUGGCUUCAUCCAAAUUACUUGGCUACUUCCAGUUAUAACACAUGCACCUGUGAAAGUAUCCAAAUACUUUUUUUUUUUCAAUUUUAUGAAUGUGCAUGACAACUGUAAUUUCACCAAUUUCUGAAACGUUAGUCUUUUUAUCCUUUAUGCAAUUUGCAAACAGUACAACUACUACAAGUUAACUUUAUUAGCAGAGAUUCUAUAUUUUUAUACAAUGUCUUAACUGGUGUUUUGCUGUAAUUAUUUGUAUGGAUUUCCUGGUGGAGAAUGUAUAAGUACACAGGAUUUGUUUAUUGGGUAUUGAUUAGGUAAUAUUUAACUAGAAAUCUGUAUGUCAGCUUGUUCAGUGACCUAAGUUCUGGGACUGCUUUUGUCAGGGCCGUGUUUUGACGGCCCUUGACCUAGAGUAUGUUUGUAAUAGGGCAGUUCCAGCGUUGUGAAAGAAAGUGUAAUGUCCGUGACAGAGCCAAUUAAGCAUGAUGUCUAAUGAAUGAUUCAGAGAAAUGAUCCAAAACUCCUAGUCUGUAAUCUCCUUGACCAUUACUAGAUGAUGGAUGUGUAAGAUUUGAAGAAUAUAUUUUCAGCUUUAUUUACCGACUUCUUGCAUGUGAAAGCUCUGGCACUGGAAUUGCCCAAUACUUGACUGGCAUUUAAUAUUUAAGUAGAUAGGUUGUUUUAAAAGGAUUAUUGUCAAUUAUUAGUUCAUGCGAUUGUGUUAUUAGCUCGAUUCGAUUACUAUUUUAGUGCCAUUUUUUUUGGAAGACCAGGGCGGAUUGGUCCAAAAGCAGCGUUUAGUUAAUGUAUGGCAUAAUGAGCACAAAUUACGCUUUCCGGUCAGUAAAUAAAGAUCAGUGGUAAAUAUAUGUACAAAAAAGUUUAAUCACUCAAAAUAGCACCCUUUUGUGUCCAUGGUGUCUCAAGAAAACAGAAUAGGUCACAUGUAAUAAAUGUUUGAAAUUUCAACACUUUUUCACUUGUAUCCAUUGGGUUUUCAAAAAUGAUUAUUAUCCUCACUAUACAAGAGAGUUACCCUGGUACAAUUGACUUGCCGGCUUACCCGUAGAUCGGUUGUCAAACGUUGUGAUUCACAUUUGUAAUAUUGUGGUUCACCUAUUGUCAGCCACAAUUGACAGUGUUUCAAAUGACGUGGUUCACUUUUUGAAUGUCUUAAUUCUCUGUUCGUGACAUUUGAUACAAUCACGGUGAAAACUUGCCCAGAUGUGGAUGUGAACAAUUUGCAUGUCAAAUAUUGAUACAACGCGCGCUAUAUGUACGCGUAGACCUUUCAUAUAUCGGCGGCCAUUUUUGGAAGACCGGGGCGUAAUGGGCAUAAAUCAUUUCAACAGCUUUUGCUUGUAUUGACCAGCACGGCUA